CGUACCCAAAAUUGUUUAACUAUAGGUCCAUAUUUUUCCUUCUUUGCCGCAUCAAAAUUUUCUGUUGCUGGGGAGGCGAACGGUAAACAAUGAGCGAAGAUGGGCAGGGCAGACGACUCAUUGGCGAUCAGCAGAGUCAAUUUCACUACGGCACGUUUCAAGGCGUCGCCAACUACAACCCUCCCGCUCCGCAGCCACUGCCUCAUCCUGUCGUCGGUUUUCCCCAGCCGGUUCCUCCGCCUGGAUUCACUGUAGAUUCCCGCUAUAAUCACCAACACCACCAUCAUCAUUAUGGAUACCAAACCGUUCAAGGUUAUGCCAUUGUUGAGGGAAGACCUGUCAGAGAGCCGUCACUUCCUUGCUGUGGUAUCGGCAUGGGCUGGGUCCUGUUUAUAACUGGAUUUUUUCUUGGUGGCAUUCCCUGGUAUAUUGGGACUUUUAUUUUACUUUGUGUACGAGUGGAUUACAGAGAAAAACCUGGAUAUGUUGCAUGCACAGUAGCUUUUCACCAGUACCAAGUCGUUGGUAGGGCUCUGCCAACUGAAGCUGAUGAGCACCCAAAGAUUUACCGCAUGAAGCUCUGGGCCACGAACGAGGUUCGCGCCAAGUCGAAGUUCUGGUAUUUUCUGAGGAAGUUGAAGAAGGUCAAGAAGAGCAAUGGGCAAAUGCUUGCUAUCAAUGAGAUUUUUGAAAAGAACCCUACCAAGAUUAAGAACUAUGGUAUCUGGUUGAGGUAUCAAAGUCGAACGGGUUAUCACAAUAUGUACAAGGAAUACCGUGACACCACUCUAAACGGGGCUGUGGAACAGAUGUACAAUGAGAUGGCUUCUCGACACAGAGUCAGGUUUCCUUGCAUCCAAAUUAUCAAGACUGCCACCGUCCCAGCAAAACUCUGCAAGAGAGAGAGCACCAAGCAGUUUCACAACUCCAAAAUCAAGUUCCCCUUGGUAUUUAAGAAGGUCAGGCCACCUACUAGGAAGCUGAAGACCACAUACAAGGCAACAAGGCCUAACUUGUUCAUGUAAUUUGAUCAUUUGAGGAAUGAGCUCUGAAAUGUUAAGAGUGGGGCGUAAAAUCAUUUUGGUAGAGACCAUCGUAUCGUUGAAUGUUUCUUUUUGGAUAUUGUUUUAUUUCAGAAUCUUAGCAAACCAAAGAUUUGGAGCUUGUCUUUGGGUUUUCCGAGAACUUCAUUUAUAAAUUUUCUAUGGGAGAUUUUUUUGGUCAUGGACUUCAA